UGGGACAAUGUGUGAUGUCGCAGGGGCUGCUUGGCCUGCUGUGUUCAUCUAGCUCUACAUCUUGUUAACUCAGAUUCUGCAGCAUCUGUAGUUCCUACUAUCUCCUGCUCAGCAAGAGUUGGUGUCAGUGAGAAGACUGGCAGUAUCGGGGAUGAUCUCAAUUACAAGGAGGGUGAAUAGGGGAGGCGUUAGGAUUGAUGUCUGCAGAUAAUAAAGGAAUUGAUGAGAGUCUCAGAAGCAGAUGAGCUGAGACUGAGGCGAAAUCGGUGGUUUUACUUAUGAUAUGGACAUGUGAUUCGAUUCUUAGUUUGGGGUGAAAUAUGGCACCAAAGUCCUGAACAGUGUUCCCAGAGAGAAAGAUUCAGUCGGCGGGCGGGCGGGGGAAUGGAGUUUGUAACAAGGACUACAGGCACUGGCGAAUAGCUGACCGAAGGAAGUCUCUGUUCCUCCCCUAUUGGAUGUCAAACAGGUCAGGACUGUUCGUCUCGGAGGGUAUGCAAAGACAAGGAUUUGAAGUCAGGAUAUUGAAACCAAGCAUCACACCUUGAUCUGAUGGAGUCACCCAAUUUAUCACAACCGGACUAUCAACAGAUUUUAAACAUAGAAGAAGAAAGCACCAUUCACUGUGGGGAGAACAGGUACACAUGUUCUGUGUGCAGAAAAGGCUUCAGCCAAUCAACUGUCCUCAAGAACCACAAAUGCAGUCACACUGGAGAGAUACCAUGGAAAUGCGGGAACUGUGAGAAAGGAUUCAGUUGCCGCUCUGCGCUGGAAGUUCACCAACGUGUUCACACUGGGGAGAGGCCAUUCAUCUGCUCCCUUUGUGGGAGGGGAUUCGCUCAGUUAUCCACCCUGCUGAAACACAAGCGAGUUCACAGUGAGGAGAGACCUUUUAAAUGUCCAGAGUGUGAGAAGUGCUAUAAAAGUUCCAGUGAUUUGAUGUCCCAUCGGCGUGUUCACACUGAAGAGAGACCUUUUAAAUGUCCAGAGUGUGGGAAAUGCUAUAAAAGUUCCAGUGAGUUGAUGUCCCAUCGGCGUGUUCACACUGAGGAGAGACGAUUCAGGUGCUCUGACUGUGGGGCUGGCUUCAAGUGGUCAUCUCAACUGAUUGUUCACCAGCGCAUACACACCGGGGAGAGGCCAUUCACCUGCUCUGAAUGUGGAAUUGGAUUCACUCAGUCAUCCCACCUCAAGUCACACCAGCAGGUUCAUACUGAGGAGAGACCUUUUAAAUGUACAGACUGUGGAAAAUACUUUAAAAGUUCACACUAUCUGCAGUCCCAUCAACGUGUUCACACUGACGAGAGACCUUUCAAAUGUUCAGAGUGUGGGAAGUGCUUUAAAGGUUCCAGGGAGCUGAUCGUCCAUCACCGUGUUCACACUGACGAGAGACCGUUCAGGUGCUCUCACUGUGGAAAUGGGUUCAAGAGAUCAUCCCAACUUACUCUACACCAGCGUCUUCACACUGGGGAGAGGUCAUUCAUCUGCUCUGAAUGUGGGCAGGUAUUCAUUCAGUUCUCCACCCUGUUGAAGCAUCAGCGAGUUCAUUCUGGAGAGAGGCCAUUCACAUGCACUGAGUGUGGAAAGGGAUUUCAUGCAUCAUCCCAGCUCAAGGCACACCAGCAAGUUCACACUGAAGAGAGACCUUUCAAAUGUCCAGACUGUGGGAGGAGUUAUAAAAGCUCUGGGGAGCUGAAGUUACACCAAAGUGUUCACACCGACGAUAGACCAUUCAGGUGCUCUCACUGUGGGACAGGGUUCAGAUGGUCAUCUCGUCUCACUGUACACCAGCGCACUCACACCGGAGAAAGACCGUUCACCUGCUCCAUGUGUGGGAAGGGAUUUACUCAGAAAAUCCACCUCCUGACACACCAGCGAGUUCACACUGGGGAGAGACCUUUUAAGUGUACAGACUGUGGAAAGUGCUAUGCAAGAUCCUGGGAUUUGAUACGCCAUCAACGUGUUCACUCCGAUGAGAAGCCUUUUAUAUGUCCAGACUGAGGGAAGUGUUUUAAAAGCUCUGCGGAACUGUUACUAAAUGAACAGUGGUCGCAACGAUGAGAGACUGUUCAGAUGCACUCACUGUUGGAUUGGGUACAGAUGAUCAUCUCAACUGACUGUCACCAGUGAGUUCACAUUGGAGAGAGGCCAUUUAUCUGCUCUGAAUGUGGGAAAGGAUUCACUCAGAAGUCCCACCUUAUGGCUCACCUGCUGAGACUGCAGCAAGUCCAUGGGUGAUUUCCAGAGCUGUAAUUUGCUGUUAAUUACAUCCAGAUUAUAAACAUGUUAAAACAUCCAGCCCAGCUUUAGGUGAUAAUUAUAUAGGUAAAAUAAUUAUUUGGAUUUUUCAUUGAAGACACAUACUACUGAAUCUAUUUAAUAUCCCAAACAAUUCCUUUUAAAUAUAAGGUAGAAAACUAGAUGUCCACGUAAUAUUUGUAAUACAGUAAUAGUAGAUAACUUCAAUUCCCGUACAUGCUGGGUGAACCGAAUCAGCACAAAUGUUGUGGAAAGUGAAUUUAUGCAGUUUGUACUGAAGCUUUUCUGAUUUAGGUUUUAAAUUGAGUAUUCUGUAAAGAAAAGGAUCAUUAAUAAUCUUUCUGUCAAGGAGCCUUUGUUAAAUAGUUACCGUAAUGUAGAAUUUUAAUCAAGUUUGAAAGUGAUGUAGUUCAUUCUGGAAUUACAGUCUCAAUAUGAACAGUGGAAACUAUGGAGUGACAAGUUGGCUGAAAAGAAUUGGCAAAAUACACAAAAUGAUUUGAAAGUACGCAGGUAGUAGCAAGUAUUUGAAUAAAUAUUGCAUGAUUUA